GCCCCGCGGCGCUGCCCGGAGCGGCGGGAGGAGCACCGGCAGUUCCCUUUCGGGGCAUUGUGGGAAGGCGAUGCGGCCCGGCCUCACCUGAGCGGGGCGGGCAGGACGCAGGCGGCCGGGCCGGGCUGGGCCGGCUCCCAGCCAGCCGCCGCACCAUGAUACACUUUAUACUGCUGUUCAGUCGGCAGGGGAAGUUAAGGCUUCAGAAAUGGUACACGACGCUACCUGAUAAAGAGAAGAAAAAGAUCAUUCGAGAAAUUAUUCAGAUUAUUUUGUCUCGCAAUCAAAAAACAAGUAGUUUUGUUGACUGGAAAGACCUCAAGCUUGUUUACAAAAGGUAUGCUAGUCUGUAUUUCUGCUGUGCAAUAGAAGACCAGGACAAUGAGCUGCUGACACUAGAGGUCGUUCAUCGAUACGUGGAGCUCCUGGACAGAUACUUUGGAAAUGUGUGCGAGCUGGAUAUUAUCUUCAAUUUUGAAAAAGCUUAUUUUAUUCUUGAUGAGUUUAUAAUUGGUGGAGAAGUACAAGAGACUUCAAAGAAGACUGCAGUGAAAGCCAUAGAAGACUCUGACAUGUUGCAGGAGACAGUGGAAGAAUACAUGAACAAGCCUGCAUUUUAAUGUUAAACUACCUGGAGAGAAAACUGCUGUAUGCACUUCUAAAGUGCACUUCCUGAAAUUCUUCCCAAUGUGCCAGAUCUGCAGAGCAAUACCAAAAACCAAUAACUGAAGGGAUUUGUUUGUAUAAUGGUGAAGAUGAAGGUCAGCUAAUGUAGCAGAGGGUUUAACAAUUCUGUGUUUUGCAUUACUCUGUACACGAGUUUCUCAGAGUUGUUAUUGCCCCAGUCUAGUUUCUCUUCUUGUUGCUGGACUCAGCUUUUGUUUUUUACCACAUCUUUUAGCUACGGGUUUUGUCAUCACAAGAUGCUCCUCUGACAAUACUUUGCAGAGGUAUUUUUACUAGUUUUGUUCACUGCUGACUGUAUGACUCUACUUUUGUACAAAUGUCCAUUAUUUUGAAUGUAAUGGUUAUUCUGCUGUAAUAAUAAUUUUUUUCUAAAAGCCAAA